CUGUCUAUCAAGCUGUACAGUUAAAUGUCUCGCGAGAAAACCGGGCUCGCUUAACGAGAUCUGAGGGACUCAGGUGUAAGAGCGCCUAUCAUCCUAGCACUAGGAUACAGCAGAGAUAAGUGAGACUGAGAGACUGGACUGGAGGCAACACUGUGGAUCAUAAAGCUCCGAGCAGCACGCGGCAUCACCAGCUACUGCGGCUCUGCUGGAAACGUUAUCUAUAUAGAACCUUUUUUUUUCCUUUUCACUACAGGACUUUGUUUAAACACAGAGAAAAUGAUGUCCAUGAACAGCAAACAGCCACAUUUUGCCAUGCAUUCAAGCUUACCUGAGCACAAGUAUACCUCUCUGCACUCCAGCUCAGAGGCAAUAAGGAGAGCCUGUCUACCAACUUCACAGUUGCAGAGCAAUAUCUUCACUAGUCUGGAUGAAACUCUUCUGGCCCGCGCUGAAGCUUUUGCUGCCGUGGAUAUCGCAGUGUCUCAGGGCAAGUCUCAUCCUUUCAAGCCCGACGCAACUUACCACACGAUGAACAACGUGGCAUGCUCCUCAAACUCUACCGUACCCCUCGCCCAUCACCACCAUCACCACCACCAUCACCACCAGAACUUAGAGGCGGGAGACCUCAUGGACCAUAUCAGCUCUUCUUCUCUGACCCUCAUGGCUGGUGGACACGACGGAGUCGGGGGUGGUGGAGGAGGGGGUGGUGGGGGGUUGAUCUCCUCCUCAGCCCAUCCGCACUCACACAUGCACUGUUUGAGCCACCUGCCCCACCAGGCUAUGAACAUAAAUUCCCCUCUCACCCAUCACGGGCUUCUUCCUGCCCACCACGGAGGAGGUCAAGCCACAUCGGGGCUCGGUAAUAACGGACUUCCCUCUCUUAAUGACUCAGACACAGAUCCCAGGGAGCUAGAGGCUUUUGCAGAGCGCUUUAAGCAGAGAAGAAUCAAACUCGGGGUGACCCAAGCGGACGUUGGUUCAGCCCUCGCCAACCUGAAAAUACCCGGUGUGGGCUCUCUUAGUCAAAGCACCAUCUGUAGGUUCGAAUCUUUAACUCUGUCGCACAAUAACAUGAUAGCUCUCAAACCCAUUUUACAAGCCUGGCUGGAAGAGGCCGAGGGGGCCCAGAGAGAGAAACUGAGCAAACCUGAUAUCUUUAACGGAGGGGAAAAGAAACGCAAGAGGACCUCGAUCGCAGCUCCAGAAAAGAGAUCUCUGGAAGCUUACUUUGCUGUUCAGCCUCGUCCUUCUUCAGAAAAGAUAGCAGCAAUUGCGGAAAAAUUGGAGCUCAAAAAGAAUGUGGUGCGAGUAUGGUUUUGCAACCAGAGACAGAAACAAAAAAGACUGAAAUUUUCAGCAUCCCAUUAGUUGUAAAAUACUUGUUGUAUUGAAAGACAAUAUUUUGGCGACCACGGAACAUACAAAAUGCUCACUGUUUUUGGUCCUGCUUGUUUUCACAACAGAGGCUUUCAAACACAGGGGUUGAUGUGUUAAAUCAUCGGGUUUAUGAGGCAACAUCAUUUCUGCUUUAUGUUCACGUUAUUGGUGAAUGUGAAGUAUGCAAAUAACAGGUCGCGUUCUGUCUGGUGAAUUAGAGAAAAGACUGUAAAACAGCAGAUCUGGGUAUGGCCUUUCAAAAUCAUAGUAAAAUGAAAGUUGAUUGAUGUUUGAUCGCAUUGUUUUAGUAUUUAAGAUGUCUUCUCAGUCACAUUUAUUUCAGACAAAACAAAAGGGUUACCUCAUUUGGUAGACCCAGGCUAAACGCAGAUAUUAAAUUCAUUACGAUAACAUUCGGGAAAUGCUGUCUUUUAGUUUUACGUAAACUAAUAACUUUUCCAAUACCUCGUAUAUCUUUUCUAUAAAAACAAAUACAAAAACAAAGAACAGUUUUAAAAAUAUCGACUUAACACUUAUAUCUCUUAACGAAAAGAUUCAUAUAGAUGUAGCUCAAUUGGUUCAAAAGUCAAAAUCAAUCAUUAGCGUACAUUUAAAUUCAUGUAUUCGUUCCAAAGGUCUGCAUGAUAUGAACAAAAAAUGAAAAAUAAAUAAAAAUAAAUAAUUAUUUUAUCUUAAUGACUGUUUUUAUUUUGGAAAUUUGCACUAAACCCUAAUGGUUUCUUCAGUUCUAUUAAUGUUAAUAUAUUAUGAUUUCUGUACAUAUAAAACUUGAUCAGAGUUCUAAAAGUAAAGCCCACACCUUCCACGUUAAAUAUAUUUAAGUUAUUGACUUUUAUAAUUAAGAUUUAUUUAUCUGUAAUACUUAUUACAACUAAAUCCGCAUGACUGAAUACAAAAUAAUUUUGGAAAAUUGAGACAAUAUUUUCUUGUAUAUUAUGGUUUGCAGUGCAAACGUUCUAUGCAUUGAAAUAAUUAAGCACUAUCUACUGGUAGACCUUUGUGAAUGGUGUCAUCUCACUGUUUACUGCCUGUUUUCACAAAAAUACACUUUUUUUGUCGUGUUGAUUGUUAAAAAAAAGAGUUGUUUGUGCCCAAGUAUGUUUACAAACUGCGGUCACGUGUGCACCAUGAAAUGUCUCACUAUUUCAUCACUCUGUCUACUGUAUGUUUGCUGAGCUUUCUCCUUUGUUGUGUUUUUCUGAUUUUUAUUUAUAUUAAAUUAUUUCUGUAAGCCAAAUACAACAACAGGGAGAUGUGUCCCGGCACUCUUACAAAUAAAAAAUAAAACAAAAAAAGAAAUCAAGCCAUUUCUGUUCUCGAGUGCAAUGAUUAUAUUAUAUUCAUAUAUCAGAAGGAAAACAGUUUAGUACCGUCUGUUUCAUGUCGUUAAUGGACGUACCAUUCUUGUUUCCG